UGACAGCCUAACCGACAGUUUUUCUCCAGCGGGUGGAGUCGUUUGUGAUCAGUUAACAGCAACAAGUGUCAAAAUAAAACUGAUUUUAAAUAUAAUAUGGGUUGUGCGGUUAGUACAACAGGUGAUAAAGAAGCCACAGAGAGAUCUAAGAAAAUAGACAGAGAUCUACGAGCAGAUGGAGAAAGAGCGGCGAGCGAAGUCAAGCUGUUGCUCCUUGGCGCCGGCGAGUCAGGGAAGAGCACAAUCGUCAAACAGAUGAAAAUCAUACACGAAACGGGCUAUUCGAAGGAAGAAUGUGAGCAAUACAGGCCGGUUGUUUACAGCAACACCAUUCAAAGUUUAAUGGCUAUAAUUAGAGCUAUGGGGCAAUUACGGAUCGAUUUUGCAGACCCCAGCCGCGCUGAUAUAGCGCGGCAGUUCUUCACAUACGCAAGUGCGGCAGAGGAGGGCGAACUGACCACUGACCUCGUCAUGCUAAUGAAGAAACUCUGGCAAGACCCAGGAGUCCAACUGUGCUUUGCGCGCUCUAGAGAGUAUCAACUGAACGAUUCAGCAGCUUAUUAUUUAAACGCACUAGACAGAAUUUCGCAACCAAAUUACAUCCCCUCGCAACAGGACGUCUUGAGGACUAGAGUGAAGACCACGGGGAUCGUGGAAACACAUUUUUCUUUCAAAGGGCUACAUUUCAAAAUGUUUGACGUGGGGGGUCAGCGGUCGGAGCGGAAGAAAUGGAUUCACUGCUUUGAAGGUGUGACUGCCAUAAUUUUUUGCGUCGCUCUGUCGGGCUAUGACUUGGUUUUGGCCGAAGACGAAGAAAUGAACAGAAUGGUGGAGUCGAUGAAGUUGUUUGAUUCGAUUUGCAACAGCAAGUGGUUCGUGUCGACUUCGAUCAUUUUGUUUCUUAAUAAGAAAGAUUUGUUUGAAGAGAAAAUCGCGCGAAGUCCGCUGACAAUAUGUUUUCCGGAGUAUACAGGCCCUAAUACGUUUGAGGAUGCGUCGGCUUAUAUUCGAAUGAAGUUUGAGAAUUUGAAUAAGAGAAAAGACCAGAAGGAAAUUUAUACCCAUUUUACGUGUGCCACAGACACUAAUAAUAUUCAAUUUGUUUUUGAUGCUGUAACUGAUGUAAUUAUAAAGAAUAAUUUAAAAGAUUGCGGCCUUCUGAUGUAAUGGUCUGCCUUGUAUGUUGUUACAAUAAGUCUAAAUUUAUGCAAAGCAUUUAUAGUAUGCGGUGUAUAAAAAGAAGUGAAGCUGGUGGCGAUUUGCGACAGCACUGAUCUCUUUUCGUUCAUUCCCUCCGUUUUCCAAAGUGAUAAAUUCAUUGAUUCAGUAUUGUGUAUGUGCAUACGCGGCAGCAACUUCUCUUCUCGUGUUGUCUUAUAAAGAUUGUCUAUUUAUUUUUAACGUAAGUCUACAUAUUUGUAUGCAAUAUUUUAACACAACUCUGGAGUUUAAAACGUUAUGAACGAAAAAUGGCGUAAAUGUACUGCCAACGUUUUGUGUUGAACAAUGAACAAAUUAUUUAUGAAUAAGGGAAUCAACUCUUGUAUAUGUGUCUCUCUAUGUAAUUGCCAAAAGAUGCUCAUGCCAUAUGUAUAGUAAGAUAUUUUUUAUAACGAUGUUAACAACAUUCCUACAAUAUUUUUCUAAACAUUUUUUUCUACGAGCAUAUCUGCCUUAUGGUCAAAUUAAGCGGCACUACAUUAUUUAGACAAAACGUCAUUAUUCUAGAAUUGGCAUCAAGUACUUGGAAGUGUGUCAACACUAGUUUAACUGUUUAUAGUUAGCACAAAUGUAAUUGCUGUAUCAAAGACUUAUUUUUUAUAUUUUUGUAUGUUCUUUAUUCAGUAACUAAUUAUGUUUGUAAGUUAUUUAUACAUUUUUGCAUAUUUUAAAAUGUAUAAAUAAUAGGUUUGCUUUAUCGUGGGUCAAAUAAACAAUGUUUAUGUACCUAA